AUGCAGCAUCAUCAACAACUGGAGCUGUGGCAACCACAACAGUCAACUAAGAAGAUGACGCUCACGUCAGGACUACUGAAGACAACUAUACAGCGUCGAGCUUUCCCAGUCCCGUCAACAUCUGGUGCAGUUACUCCGUUGACGCUUUCAGUAUGUAUUGUUCAGCCGCCACAAGUGGGAGUUCGUCCAGCUCACCUAAAUUCCGCAGUGAGUGAUCUUGGAACUUUGGUUGAUGGGCCCCCGCCACCAAACCUUGGGUCCUAUCCAAGAAUCCAGAAGAAUCGUCGUUUUCGGGCAGACUGGUAUACAAGCUACCCGUGACUUGAAUACAGCAUUGCAAAAGACAAAGCAUUUUGUUUUGUGUGCAGGAAUUUUAGCACAUCGACGGGCAAGAACGGCUCAGCAUUCACUCAAGUUGGUUGUUGGUCAAAGGCCUUGGAAAAUAAUCGCGGAUUUAAAGCCUAUGACAAAUGCUCCGAUCACCUCCGUUCCAUGACUCGUUGGGAAAGUUACAACAUCCAGAAAAAGAAUCCAGGGGCUAGUAUUAUAAAUAUGUUAUAA